UAUAUAGGUAUAUAUUUAGCAACGUCGCCAGCGUUUUUUGAUGCCGGCAGUUUGCGGCCUGCCUGCCUGCCGCCUGCCGACGACUUGCUCCUCAAGACCCGGGCGAGGCGGAAAAACCCGUGAUUGGCCCCGAAGCCUACACCACUCUGUGGUCGGCGGCACCGGCGCGCUCACACGCGGACCGUAACUAAGAGCCUGCGAGCGCCCGAGGCGGGCGGGGGCAGCCUUUCCGGAAAGGCACCGGCUCCGUCGCGGCCGUCGUGCCCGCUCUGCUCGCGGCAACUUUUCCCUGGAGGAUGAGGAGGACGCGCCGGCGCUCCCUUUCCACCUGCUGGGUGGCUCUGCUGGUCUGCAGCCUGUGCUGCCGCGGCUUCUGCGCGCUCCCGGCGGCCUCUUCAGAUAAUAAUGCUUUUGCCAUCCGCCAUGAAAAAACCAACACGUGCAUCAAAGUUAAAAACCGGGAGAUAACCGCAGGAGACUGUCGAGAGACAAAAGAGACCUUAUGGGCCUGGGUCUCCGAACAUCGCCUUUUUAAUUUGGGAUCCCAAAAGUGCCUUGGACUAGAUACCAAAUCCCAGAAUACCUUGAAAAUUGUGGAUUGUGACUCGGACCUUCUUACACUGUGGUGGCGAUGUGUUGAUGCCGCAAUACUUACAGAAUCUGAGAAGAAAUUGACUUUAAAGAAUGGAAUUGUGUCUGUAAGCAUUGACGCUUCCGAUAUCUGGAGAAGAAGCAAUUCCAGUGAUUCUAUUUGUAAACUUCCAUACCAUGUAAUUUAUACAAGGGAUGGGAAUUCUAAUGGAAAGCCGUGUGAGUUCCCUUUCCUGAUGAAUAAGACAUGGCAUCAUGACUGCAUACGCAAUGGAAUGUUCGAGGAUGGUCUGUGGUGUUCCACAACGUCCAAUUUUGAUACUGGUAGAAAAUGGGGUUUCUGCUUAAAACCAGAGGAUGGUUGUCAAAAUACAUGGGAGCAUGAUGCAGAUUCUGGAAGCUGCUACCAGGUAAAUACACAGGGUCCCCUUUCUUGGAAAGAAGCAUAUAUCUCAUGCCAGAGGCAAGGAGGAGAUUUGCUGAGCAUCACCAGUGCAUCUGAGCUACACUACAUUCAAGCUAAAGAUGACAUUGCAGACAUGUUUUGGAUUGGAUUAAACCAACUGGAUAAUUUUGGAGGCUGGCAGUGGUCAGACCAUACGCCAUUGAACUUCCUUAGCUGGAGUCCAGAGAUGAAGGAUUCAUCCCCUCUGGAUGGAACUGCGUGUGCAAUUAUGGAUGCCAACAAGGGUGACUGGAAGAGUUAUGCUUGUGAGACGGCACUUCCUUAUGUCUGCAAGAAACAAUUCAACAGCACUGAGUCAGAGCUCCCAGGAGUUCAAAACUAUGAAGAGACCCAGUGUGACUCUAACUGGUAUCCUCACAAUGGAUUUUGCUAUAUGCUAAUGAACGCUUCCGCUUCCUGGAAAGAUGCAUAUCACUCAUGCAGUGCGAGCAGUAGUAGCUUAAUCAGCAUAAAUUCCUUAGCAGAUGUGGAGUUACUUGUUACACAAAUCCAUAAUGAAACAAAAGAUAAAGUAUGGACAGGGUUUAUCAAUGAGGAAGUUCCAGCCUUGUUUAAGUGGUCAGAUGGCUCCGACGUGGUUUUUACCUACUGGGAUCAAAAUGAGCCAAAAAUUCCUUCCAACAGCACUCCUAACUGUGUUGCCUACUCAGGAAAGUGGGGCCGAUGGAACGUUCUACAUUGUGAUGAUAAACUCAAAUACGUGUGCAUGAAAAAAGGAAAGGUUUUGGAUAAACCAAAACCUGUUAAGGAUUGUCCUACAGAUGGGGAAUGGAAGAAGCAUGGAAAUUUUUGUUACAAAGUCGAAGAGAAUGAAGUCUCAUUUGGAAAAUCAUGCAAUCUCACAAUAGGGAACAGAUUUGAACAAGAAUUCAUAAACAGUCUGAUUAGAAAGUAUAGCAGAGUUGAAGAAAAGUACUUCUGGACUGGCUUGCAAGAUAUCAAAUCUUCAGGAGAAUAUAGCUGGGGAAGUGUUGAUGGAACUAUUGAAAUGUUGACAUAUGCAAACUGGGGCAGAUUUGAACCAGCUCUGCUUGGAGGAUGUGUGGCUAUGUCGAGUGGAAAAUACCUUGGAAAGUGGGAAGUCAAGAACUGCAAAACAUUUAAAGCUUACUCUAUUUGCAAGAAAUACAUUGGACCAAAAAGGAAACCAGACGUACCACCCAAAGUCACUGACCCCUGCCCUGAAGGGUGGCACAGUGGAUCAGGUCUUGUUUGUUAUAAGUUCUUUCAUAAGGAAAGAGUGCUGAGAACCAGAACGUGGGAAGAAGCAGAGAGAUUUUGUGAGGCUCUUGGAGGACAUCUUCCUAGUUUUAGCCACGUGGAUGAAAUGAGGGAGCUCCAUACCACAUUGAGAGAAAUUAUCAGUGAUGACAGAUGGGUCUGGGUUGGGCUAAAUAAGAGGAAUCCAGAGUCACCAGGAUCAUGGCAGUGGAGUGACGAUAAGCCGGUGUCUACUGUCGUCAUGUCCCCUGAGUUUAGAGAAGAUGACUAUGACACUAGAGACUGUGCAGCUGUCAAGACUCUUAGAGCAAUGCGACGAGCAAUGUGGUCAUUUCACCUUUUUGGAGACAGAGAAGAGGAUUUCUAUUUAAAACCAUUCCACUGUGGUGCAAAGCUUGAAUGGGUGUGCCAGAUUUCUAAAGGUAUUACUCCAGAGAUACCAGAGUGGUAUAAACCAGAUGAAGUUGGAAUUCAUGGGCCAGCACUGAUUAUUGAUGGGUCUGAAUUCUGGUUUGUGCCGGAAAAGCACCUGAGCUAUCAAGAAGCAUCUGCAUUCUGCUCGAAGAAUGACAGUGACUUGGCUUCUGUCACCUCGUUCACAGCACUGACAGGAAUUUUGAACAGAAUAGCAAAUUUAUCAGAUCAGAAGCAGAAUUGGUGGCUGAGAUACACACCUUCUACAAGUCGAUUUCAUUCGCUUUCUGCGUUAUUUUCAUACUACCAUGAACGACACUUCAGGAAUUGUUGGCAUGUUUCUUAUCAAACCUGGUUUAGAGACAACACCAUAGAUUGCAGUGCCAAGCUCCCUUUCAUCUGUGAGAAAUACAACACAUCGCUGUUGGAGGCACACGAUCCGAAUUUUCAAGCACCUCAGAGAAAGUGCCCGGAAAACUGGUUCGUUUUCCAGGAUCAGUGUUUUCAAUUGGUGCCACCUAAGGAUCUAACGUUUAGAAAAGCGAGUGAAUAUUGCCAUUCGUAUAAUGGGUUCCUUCCUUCAAUCAAAAACCAAGCUGAACAAGAUUUUAUAACAUCCUUGCUUCCUCAUAAACCCCCAAAUAUUUGGAUUGGUUUGCACUUUCGGGUUCACACACGUGAAAACAAGUGGGAAGAUGGCAGUCCACUAAAAUAUAGCAAUUUCCACCCGUUACUUCAAGGAAGGAUAAGAAAGGUUCAGCUCGAUUUCUUCGAUGAGGAAGCAAACAACCAGUGUGGUGUUUUGCUCAAUGAUCCCAAGUCGUCAUAUCUUGGAACCUGGAAUUUCACUUCAUGUGCUGAUACCAAGUCUGUGGCCAUAUGUCAAAAGAAUGCUGAGGUUGCAGAAAACCAGACACAGCAAGAGCUUAAUGUCACUGUGAACUAUCAAAAUGUCACAUACACCAUAAUUCUGAAGGCCCUGACGUGGCAUGAGGCACAGCAGGUAUGCCUGCAGAAUAAUAUGCAGCUGGUUAGCAUCACAGAGCAAUACCAGCAGGCCUUCCUUGCUGCUCAGGCUGCCCAUCAUAAUUACCCACUGUGGAUUGGACUCUCCAGCAAAGAUGAUGGAAUACAUUAUCACUGGUCUGAUAAAAAACAUAUCAGUUUCAGUCGCUGGUCUGAAGAAGAUGGAGAUUUAAUUGACAGUUGUGUAUAUUUGGAUACCGAUGGAUUAUGGAAAACAGCUGAUUGUUACAGCGAAAAACCAGGAACAAUUUGCUACCAGCCAACAAAUGAAACGGAAACAUCAGAAGCAUAUUAUGAUUCUAUCAAAUGUCCACACAAGAUCAAGAAUACACCAUGGAUAGCUUUUCAGAACAGUUGUUAUACAUUCGUAAUCACAAAAAAUCGAUGGAAAGAAUUGAAAUCGGAUGAAGCCCACCAUUUAUGCAGAAACAUGAAUUCGAAUGCCUCUCUCUUGAUUAUCAGGGAUGAAUAUGAAAAUGAUUUUGUUGUGGAGCAGCUUCAGUCUUUCAGUGGCCUUGCCCACUGGCUGUGGUUAGGUCUGGUGUAUGAGGCUGACGAUAAUGCUUUAAAGUGGUCUGAUGAUACACGCUUGACAUACAAUAACUGGAGAAUGGGGAGACCUUAUAUAAGGAAUAACCAUUUUGUUGCUGGUGUUCACCUGGAUGGCUUCUGGGAUAUUUACAAUGACACUCGCUGGCUACCCUUUCAGUUCAAGCUACACAGCGUUCUCGUCUGCAAAGUAGAAAUGGGACCAAAGGAGGACAAACCACCAUUGCCUACACUACUACCCUAUAAAAACACAUCAUACUGGAUUCUUCAAAAACAGAUCAAUUGGUACGAAGCAUGGAAAGAAUGCAAACAAAACGGAAGAGAAUUAGCAAGCAUACACAGCGAAUCUGAACAAGACUUUCUGAAAAAUAUUGUAAAGAGUGAUGGAUUUCCACUAUGGAUUGGUUUAUCCAAUCAUAAUGAAAAUGAUUCCGAUUUUGAAUGGUCUGAUGGGAGCACAUUUGACUACCACCCCAGGGAAUUUGAACAUUCACCUCCUCCUGGAAAAUGUGUUGUCUUGGACACAAAAGGACUUUGGAAUCGCGUGGAAUGUACAAAGCCCGCUGAUGGUGCUGUUUGCUACUCCCCUUCAAACAAAAUGCAGUCCAAGCAAACUGAAAUUGCAGCCAAGUGUCCACAACCAGCUGCUGGAUCACCACAGUGGAUACAAUAUAAAGACAAUUGCUAUGCAUUUGCUAUGGAAUUAUACAAUUAUUCAAUAUAUACUGCGGGUGAUGCUAAAGAAGUCUGCAAGAAGCUUGACCCGUCCGCAACACUUUUGACUGUCAAGGAUGCUGAGGAAAACCAGUUUGUGAGUAUGCACUUGAAAGAAUACCACUACAUCACUGGAAGAGCAUGGCUUGGAAUACAGUCUAAUGCUCAAUCCUUGAAGUGGCUUGAUGGAUCAGAGGUUAAGUAUACAAACUGGGCAAAGGGAAAUGAAAAUGUUCGUGGUGAAUGUAGUGUUAUCCUUACAACAAAUGGAACCUGGUCCAAGACAGACUGCAAAACUGGCAAAACCAGAGUGGUGUGCAAAGCUCCUCAAGUUGCAAAUCGAAUGGGAGGGGCAAUAGCAGUCGCCGUUUUAUUCAUUGUGGUCCUGCUGGCUGGACUGAUAUGCUUCCUGUAUAAGAAGAAACGACUGCACUGGAGUGGAUUCUCUUCAGUACGCUACGAACGGGGGAUGUACGAAGAUGAAACUGACAGCAUGUUCACCAGAGAUGGUGACUGAGGAAUAAUUCUUGCAGGUUUUAUUUAAACUUUUUCUGGAAUGGGCUGUUUUGGCAUCUUUUUAAAGGUUUCCUUUGGGAAACCUAUGCCAGGUGUCUUAAGUAGCAGAGAAACUCUGACUUCUGGAUACUGUUUUUGUUUACUGUUCAGGGUCCCUCAACAGCAACUCUUUCUCCAACUUUAAGAGACAAAGUGUACCUACCCUGUCUGAUUAACCAUUUAAACUGCAGCCUUUUUCUUCAUUUUUAAUAUUUGCACAUACAGGAGAAAAGGUACAUGAUAUUAUCUUGAUGUUAAGAUCAGGACAUGCUCCAUCUACUGAUACAAAGUUCAGCGGCAGACAUCCAGGGAAUUGUUUGAAAUGUAACUUACUUUGUAUAAAACAUGGAAUGUGUCAGCUUGUAAUAUCGAUCAUGCUCUGUUUUACUUAAGUUCUCUUGGUACAGAGUGUUGCUGUUUUUAAAGCCCUCUUUUGAAAUUGUGUCCCUUUUCCAUUGUAAGCACCAAAGAUUGCAUCUUGGUCAAAGAAUUUUAAGCUGAAUAAGCCAUACACAAUAGCUGAAAAAAUUAAAGCAAGAGCUAAACGAAAAAUUCAGACUCCUAUAUAAAUUAUCAUAUUCACUAGGUCCAGCUUAGUGAAUGGAAGCUAGAGAAGCAGACAUUGUGCAGCAUCUUGCAUUCAUUUGAUAUUUGUACUUAUUCUGAUUACUUAUUUCAUUGUCAGAUACUCCAAUGAAGGUACUAGCCUGUUUUCCUUUAUUUACAAGUUAAAUGCAUUGCCUGAAAUGUAAAUAGGUACUUGAUAAAACAUUUCCAUUACUAGGGCUUUCCAAAAAAAUAUUCUGAUCAUAGUUCUUUAUGCUGCACUGGAUUGAUUCCCUUCCCCGCUUCUGUGCCACCACCGAUCCCUUGUACUGAUUCUUUAUUUGGUGGUAACAUGGAACAAUUCAACCAUAUUGUGGCACUGUUUCAUAAGUCAACAAAGGAGAGCCAUUAUAUGUAUUGUCAUCCCAUUAACCUAAGAAAAAUGCACCAGGGAAAUGCUUAACCAAUUGUUCUGAUAAUACUACUGAUUUUUUAAAGGAAUGCUAUCAAAAUUGAUGGCAAAAAUAAAAAGAAUUGGUUUACUGCUAUUAGCUCUUUUAAAAGGUGAUAGAGAUGCAUAUUUUGAACAGUCUUGAUAAACAGAAUGUUAAAUUAUGUAUUUAAAUGCUGUGCCCCUGAUCCAGAGUCCCACAUGGGCAGGAGCUCCCCAUGUCAUAUAUGAGGAGAAACAGAAUUAGCAAGCAUUAGAAAAGCUAUGCCCUCCAUGGGCGUAUCAGAUUGCUUCUCCUACAUAAAAAUGGGAAAACCUUGUAUGCAUGGGGUUCUGCAUUACAGAUUGUGGUCUAGUGUUCUGUAUAUUAUGCACAGACAUAAGACCAUGUGAUUACUGAAACGUGCCCUAAGUAGUGGGGGGAAAUCUGUUAGUUUAGUAAUGCAGCCUUCUCUGUAGAAGAGUGUUUGGAAAUCCCUUUUAUAAGACUAGAACAUCUUACGUGUUAAUGUAUACAUGAGUAGGCCUUUGUGUGUACGCAAGUAGUUUUCCUGGACAGACAACAAUCUCUCUUCCUGCUUUCAAUCUCUUCUCUCAGGGUCUUUCUGCAUGAUCAUUUGAAAGAUGUCAUAUUUGCAUUUUAGCCAUUGAAGGAUAUUCCAUAUUUGCAGUGACCAUAGCAAAGUAUUCAAUAAAGGAAGGGGAGAGCUUGCUGUGUGAGGAGCAGUAACAUAGAAACAGAGCGAAGCAGAAGGGGUCUCCUGGGCCAUCUAGUCUGACCCAUGGCGCCAGCUCACGACAUGCCACCAUAGCUGCAUCUCUUUGUAAAAGAACUUUAAAAAAAAGAACUAUCGAGAUAGAUGCGUGCUUGGAUCAGAAGUCAUAACUAAAAACCCCAGACUACAACAAAAGCCUCAUAGAGACAGGAGUGCUCUAUCUGCAUACCAUCUGAGUCACAAAAUCCAGCAAGUGUCCGUGAUGCUUACACAAUAGCAUUCCACAGAGGAGUUGCAAUGGGUUGAAUCCAACUUUAGUCUAAGUUAAGCCUCAUUAAUUUGGAUGGAUGUACACUAAAUAGGACAAGCAUUAGACACAACUCAGUGACUACAUGCUAACAUUUAACAUAAAUAAAUACAUAUUUAUGUGAGCCGUCCCGAGGCUAUAAGCGAUGGGACGGCUUACAAAAACUCUAAAUAAAUAAAUGAAUAAUAAAUAAAUAGCUGGAGAAUGUAUUGUAGUUUCCAUGAUAAUCAAGUACUGGUCUUUGAGUACUUGGAAACCAUGGCAGCCUUGCAAUGAAAAUAGCAAGGGCCUAUGGGGGUGGCAGCUUCUUAGGGCACAACCUUGUGGCUUCCGGAUGUUGUCUGGAGUGCCCUAGGAGUUCCACAUAUUCUCAGUCCAAGCUCCUGCAGUCUUGGGCCAUGAUGGCCAAGCCCAUGCCCCACCCCCUCACAGCCAGCAUAGGAAGAACUGCAGCAGAUGGCCGUCGGAGAGCUGAAGUGAACCUUGGAGAGGGAGAAAUGGAGCUUGCGGUGGGGAGGGGGCUGGUGCCAUCUGCCUACAUCAGCUCCCAAAGCCACUUCAGGCUCCUUCCUUCCCCUUCCUUGUUUUAUCUAGAGUGCUGGAAGGGCCAUUCCAAUGAAAUGAAAUGCACAGGGCAAGCCAUGGCGGCACAGUGCUUCCAGCACUCUUGAGUUCAGAGAGUUACACACACUAAGGGCAGAGACAAUUGGAUUGUGUCCAUGCUGUAUCAAAUCUGAUUGUGCAGAAAGACCUAUAAUAUAGUGCCUAUAUUAAUAGCCCAUGUGAGACUGCUGAAUAAUACUGAUGCACAUGUAUAUCCACAGUUAGAAGACAUAUGCACUUUGCCUUCACUGAAAGCAUGAUUUAGAUAAUUGAAAUGUCCUUAACCUGCAGGUAGAUGUGGGUGUAUACUCCAUGCACUACUCCUUUGUGGACUGAGUAGUGACCAGGGUUUGGGAUAAUUUUCAGUUCUCUAAGUCUGCUUAGUUACUGAAUUCAUGACUAUUUGCACUCCUGGGUUUCUUUUGAUGUGAAUCUAUAAAGAAAGUUUAUUUUAAAUAUGAGCGUUGUUCAAUUAUGCAAGAUAGGAUAAAUAUGAACAAAACUUUCAAGUGUUUCUAUAAAAUGUUUAUUUGUAUAAUAUUCGAAAAGAUAUACAUUUUGUAAGUUAUGUUUUUAAUUGUGUGAGCUUUGUGUGGGUCCCUCCACCCGAAAAAACCCUAUUCCUAGUCAUGUUGUGAAAUGUUGUGUGAAUUAAGACAAAUGCCUUACUAUAUCUAAUUAGACCAGUUGUUGAAACCUACCUAUGGUCUGAGUAAUAGCAGUAGAUUUAAAGAUGGCUUCAUGGGUUGCUAACUUAGACUUGUGCUAGAGAGAAAAUUAAGCUGACUUGAUUCUUCUCACCUUAUUAAAAUCUUUUUGUACCCUUCAGUAUUUAAAGAAAUCAAAAAUUAAUGUUAAUAAAACUUUUAAAAAGAA